AUAUAGAAGAACAUGGCGCACUUAAAUCUCCUUCAAAUCGGUGUCUUAAGCCUUAUUGGGCUCGGCUCCGUGUUUGCUGACAAUCCCUGCCUUAAAGGACCUCCAGUGCCGAAGAAUGCAGCGGAAUGUUGCGUCACACCGUUCCUCGUGGAGCCGAGCGCCUUCAUGACCUGCCACUCGAAAUGGAUCGGUCAAACGAAGCGCCAGAUGGCAAUGGAAGGCAUUCCGCGUGGUUGUUGCGUAGCUGAGUGCGUUAUGAACUCCACCAGCCUCUACUCGAACGGUAAGAUAGCUCGUGAAGCACUGACGAAACUGUACCUUGACUCUACCAAAUCGAUGGCUCCCGAAUGGAACAAGAUCACGCUGGACGCGAUCGACGGUUGCUUCAAGAUGGCGGACUCGAUCAAGGACGAAAUUGAGGCGGGCGCUAAGCUAACGCCUGCAUUUGAUGGGGAACAGAUCUGCCAUCCCAUCUCCGGUACGAUACUGGCCUGCAUGGGCAUGACGCUGUUCGCGGAGUGUCCGGUCAAGCUGUUCACCGUCAACGAUGACUGCAACAAGCUGAAGAGUUACCACAGCAAGUGUCCGUUCUUGUAGGCGGGGCUUCACAAAUUGACGAUGCUGAUUUAUGUAUUCUUUUAUAACCGCUAAUAAAAUCCGCACCAUUGCACCACAUUGAAACCUGAAA